AUGGAUCCAGAAUCGAGAAAGAAUGCUCACAUCCCCCCUCCCAUGAUCCGACAGCCCGUCGACUCCUACCACCGACUCAUCCGCGAGACCCACGGCGUCGAAGGCGGCCUGCCGGACCCGGGCCCGUCUAGCCUCCCCGGCAGGUCCAGGUCCGACUCGCGCCGCUUCAUUGCCUCGCGCCCAGAUUCCGGCGCCGACUCCCAGUUUGGGAACGGAAACGUCGCAUCCUUCUUCGACUCGGAGCGCCUGGCUAGCUCCUCGGCGCAAUACAACAGAAGCAGCUAUGCGUCGCCGACAGGGAGCAGGACGGUACGAUGGCCGUUUCUUGGGAGUAUUAGAUCGCGGGCGAGUCGAUCCUUUCCCUCUUCGCCGCAGGCCGAGUCGCCAACUGGACCCGUCGAGAUACAACUUCCCUGGCGUCCCUUUUUUCUUUAUCGACGGGUUCUUCUUCUUUUCGCAAUUGUCUUUGUCGCCCUCAUCGCAGGAAUACAAGCUUCACUUCAGCUUUCGGAACGAAACGAUGGCCUCCGGGAGGUCGACGACGUGUCGAGGUACUUGUGGCAGUAUGGAACAACUCUGGUAUUCAUCCUGGUUGCUGCUUUCUGGACCAGGGUCGAGUAUCAGGCCUCUGCUGCCAUGCCGUGGAUCAGCCUGUUGAAUAACCAAGUCGAAGUCGACAAGUCUCUGAUGCUGGAUUACGUCUCCCUGUUUGAACCCAUGGCCAUUGUCAAGGCUCUGCGCAACAAGGACUGGCUAGUCGCUAGCCCUGUUCUCGUCGGAUUGCUCUUCAAAGUUGUCGUGAUAUUCUCUACGGCCUUUAUCACGCCCAGAGUCGUCACCGUUGCUAGCCACGAAUCGUCAAUAACUGUGCAAGCCGCCUUUUCCGAUAGUCUUGACGGGCUUCAAGAUGUAUCAUCGUUGCCAUACUUCGUCAUGGCAUCUCUACAGACAGACAAUGCAACUUACCCCAACGGAGUGUCGCCUCGGGCAGCUUACACCCCAUUUGUUAGCAACAGGACCCAAUUUGUUGAAAUCAGAGCAGUUGUGGAUGGCUUCAUCGGAGGCCUUGAAUGCAGCCAGGCCGAACUAACUUUGGACUCGCUGCGAUUUUCGGGGGGAACCUCUGUUCAGCUCAACAUGACAGUAUCCGAGAACGACUGCUCCUUGAACCAAACCCUCACGAGUGCACGAUUCGCGAGCACAGACAACGAAGACCUCCCGAGAACAUUUUUGGCUUUUCAGGCUGGCAGCUGUGGCAGGUCUACAGAAGAUGAUCAACAACGAAUAGUGGUCCUAGCAGGCGUCCUCGACCUUGACAUGGACAAGCUCAAGAAACAGUCCAAGUCGUCCAAUGGACGAGUAGAGGGCAAGCUUUCGACUUCGGCUGCCUUUUCCUGCAAGCCAAACUACUCCAUCACCCAGGUUCGAGUUUCAAAAUCCCCUGAAGAGGUUCUCGCGACUACGCCUGUCCAAGGCGCAACGAACACGACACUCGACAAGGUACAUCCGUGGGCCGUCGCUCAAGCUCUCUUUCAAACAUUCAAAACCGACACGGUUACCGCAGCACGACUUUUUGCAGCCUCCAGCCGAUCCUACGAUAACGACGCCGUGUUGGUGGCUGAUGAGGCCAUGUCUGCGGCGCUUGCGAUGAGGGCAAAGGAGGAAGGGGCUUUUCCAAAGUUGGAAUCACUUACGGAUGGCGACACUUUGAAACAACUGGCCGAGGACUUUUACACGCAGUACUCUGCUCUGGUGUCUCGAUAUGCUAUGAUGGAGCCGACGUCUAGUUCUACAACAGCAGUUGCCAGUUACGUUGAGCGGCGUCUUAUUGUGCGAGCAGUUCCCGCGUACCUGAUGACGGGAUUUCUAGCAGUUUGCCUGCUCUUGACCCUGGCAAUGAUGUACCUGGCACCAAAGACUGGAUUCCUUCCCCGAGACCCCAACACCAUUGUUGGCUUGGCCUCGGUGGUUGCACACAGUCAUCCAUUCGUUGAGUGUCUUCGAGGCAUGGGAGCUGCGAACAAAGCGGCGAUCAAAGCGAGACUUGCAGGGUCAUCCUACUCCAGCGGAGCUGAAGGCCAUGAGAAGCUGGAAGACCCUAAUCAGGGAUUUUAUCAUAUUUUUGGCGGCAAGGCGCCACCUCGGGGUACUGCCCUACGACGUUUCGAUUCUUCAACGUGGCGACAACCCGUAACGAUACAUGGGCUCAUUCGAUUGCUGUACAUUGUCAUUCUCGCGAGCAUCAUAAUUGGUUUCGAGGUGUCGUUGCGAGCGUCACAGCGAUAUGAUGGACUUAGGACCAUGGACAAUGACGCUGCGUAUCUGGCAUGGACGGUUGUACCGGCUCUAGUGCUUCUCGUUGUGGCCAUGUACAUGAUUACUUUGGAGUGGUGGACAAGACUACUCGCUCCGUUUUCCCACCUGGCACGAAAAGGAGACUUUGGUGAGACAGUUGGACUGAAUCUUGCUGAUGCGUUGAGACAUGUUGCGUUCAGGAGGGCAUGGAAGAUCGGCGACUUUGGCGCCGUGACAGCCAUAUCUGGUGGUUUCAUCGCCCUUCUCGUGGUUGUUGCAUCUGCUCCUCUAUUUGAGCCGAUGCGCCUUGAACUCGACACAAGCCUUGCCCUUCGCACUGAGGACUACUUCGCCAACAGCCUGGCAUCAUCUCCAGAUGAUCCCAUCUGCACCGACUGCACCAACGAUACCACAACUGCGUCACUAAUACUCGCAGGCAGGGCUCCGUAUCCGCCUUUUACUUAUGCCGACCUCAAUUUUCCCAGCGUAUCUCUCGGUGAAGAGGAGAACAGCAGUGAUGAUCUGAGGAUCAGUGUCCGAUUGACGGCAAUCCGUCCAAACAUGACAUGCCGACUUUACCUGUCCGAUGAGAUAUCCACCAACCUUACGCUCGAGUACAAGCUGGAUGACAAGAUCGUCAACCCUUUACGAAUCGACCUGAAGGGUGAAACAUGCCGUGGAGACACGGAGCGAGACAGCAGCAACGCCAUCAUUGGAACCACGAGAACUGCGCUGUCGACGCCGGUUCAGGAGAUCAGCGAGGAUUCCACCUUGUUUGGCGUUGGACUGAGAAAGACAAACUCAACACCACAAUGCUCCGACUGGUUGUAUGUCUGGGGACGGUUGGUUGAUAUGAACACCGACGACAUGUCUGUUAGCAGCAUCGGCGCUCUUGCCUGCAAUGAAACCAUUCAGGCACUUGAUGCCGAUGUUGCUCUUCAUGGGCCUGAGCUGCACCUAUACCCAGACACCCCUCCAGCCCUUGUCGAGAGGACAACUAUAAACACGACCGUUGCUAUCCCGAGACUGGACUAUUCGUCUCUCGUCAACGUCUCCUCCAACGCCCUGUUUGACCCGUUCUUUGCCACUUUGAACGCCUCCUGGCUCGCCGUUCCAGAGAGCGCUCUCGGUGGCACAUCUGCCAACGACGCAAGACAGGUUCAAUCUGCCAUCCUCCUCCAACACGGCAUCAUAAGGGCCCAAUCCCUCAACCUGAAGAGUCGCCGUCGUCUCUCUCGAAGGGGCACAUUCCCUUCGGCAGACGGACAGAACAUCAUCAGCGGUGUCGACCCCGAUGCACCUGUUUCGCAGGCUGUUCCCAUCAUUAGCGGCUCGAAACUCUCGGAAAAGGUUAGGCUUCGCCAGGACCCGAUUGCCACGCGUAUUCUACAGGGUCUUGUAGGUGCGUUGCUUCUACUGCACAUCAUGUCCUGGAUCUUGAUCAGAAGACUUCGGCUUCCUCGGCCGCCGACCACAAUCGCAUCUACUGCCGCGCUGGUCGUCGAUGGUAACAUGUUGAAGCUACUACCUCGAGGUGCACAGUGGCAGCCCAUGAAUGAACUUGAAAAUGCAUUCGGCGACGAGGCGCAGUUUGAGCUGGGCUGGGACGGCGGACGAAGCAGACCGAGACGAGACAGACGCAAGAGAAAAGAAGAAGGCUUCUUUGGCAUCCGAGCCACCGUGACGGAAGAUCACAUACCAGAAGAGCUAGAACUAAGGCCUAUACCACCAAGACCCGACAGGCUCAGACCAAUGGACAGGGUCGGAACCGUCAGCAGGGGGACGGCGGAGCUUGGGGCAGACAGCACCCAGAGGAAGUCGGUCCUGGUAGGAAAGGAGAGCCCGCCCACCUCGGGCUCCAAGGAUAGUAACGGUGCGCAGCCCAGGAAGAAGAGGUCGCUCACGGCGUGGAGCGGACCCAAGGAGAUGGUCAAGGUGUGGUGGGCUUCUGCACAAUGA